GAAAGAAAGAAGAGAGUAAAAAAAAGUAGAAAGAAAGAGAGAGAAAGAGAGAAAGAGAAAGAAGGCAAAAAAAUUGAAAAAAAUUUAAUUAAAAAAAAAGAUGAAACUUCAUUCCCGGUCAUUCAACCGGACGGCUGUUUCUUAUUUUACUGGCUCGGGCUUGUUACAGUUGCGGUUCUUUAUAAUCUUUGGACGCCAAUCGCCAGAGAAGCGUUUCCGGAACUUAAUGACGCGUGUCCCAUUUUUUGGCUGGUCACUGACGUCAUCUGUGACCUCGUUUACUUGUGUGACGUCAUCGUCCAGUUCAGAACGGGCUACCUGGAGAAGGGGUUGAUUGUCUACGAUGGCAAGAAAUUGGCCAAAAAUUACACCAGAUCUCGAAACUUCCUCCUUGAUGUCUCAUCUCUCACUCCCUUGGAUCUCUUGCAGAUUCACUUUCCAAGUCAUCCAAUACUCAGAUUUAUGAGAUUUCUCAAGGCAUACCGCAUCUACCGUUUUGUUUACAUGGUGGAGACAAGGACCGCCUACCCCAACCUAUGGCGUGUGGUCAACCUGUCACAUGUCCUUUUCCUCGGCUGCCAUUGGUUCGCCGCUUUCUAUUACCUCAUCUCCAAGGCGGAAAAUUUUGAGACCAGUUGGAGUUAUCCUCGUCCUAUUGGAAAUCACUCUUCCGUGGCCCAAAAGUACCUGAGGUCAUUGUACUGGUCCACUCUUACCCUUACCACCAUUGGAGACUUGACACCGCCGGAAACAAAUUGGGAACACGUUUUCACCAUAGUCAGUUACCUAAUCGGUGUCUUCGUCUUUGCCACCAUUGUCGGACAAGUUGGCAAUGUGAUAACGAAUAGAAAUGCAAGCAGACAAGAAUUUGAAAGGCUCUUGGACGGGGCCAAAUCUUACAUGCGUCAUCACAGCGUUCCAGACGAGAUGCAGCGGCAUGUUCAACGCUGGUACGAUUACGCUUGGUCCAGAGGAUGUAUGAACGGGGGCGGGGACAUCAACGCGUUGGGAAUCCUCCCAGAUAAGUUGAAGACAGAAUUGGCGCUACACGUCAACCUGGAAACACUCAGAAAAGUCACGAUAUUUCACGAGUGUGAGCCUGAAUUUUUACAUGACCUAGUUUUGAAGAUGAGGACUUAUAUAUUCACCCCAGGAGAUCUCAUUUGCCGGAAAGGAGAGGUGGCCAGGGAGAUGUUCAUCAUCGCCGAUGGUCUGCUAGAAGUUAUCAGUGAGAAUGGUGAGAUACUGUCGAAGAUGAGUGCCGGCGAUUUCUUCGGCGAGAUAGGCAUACUGAAUAUGGACGGGGGCGUCAACAAACGCACGGCAGACGUACGGUCAGUUGGUUACUCAGAGUUGAUCGUUCUGUCCAGAGACGACGUCCUCUCAGCACUCAGGGACCACCCGGAAGCGGAAGUUGGUGACGUAAUAAUGAUGAUGACGACAACGACGAACGUUAAUUAA